UGGCCGAGCCAGGCCGGGGAUGGCGCCCUUGGUGGUCGCGUUCCUUCCAGCGGUACGUCCCUUCCAGCGACCAGGACUGACUGUGGAUAACUGAAACAGUGAAAAGCAGAACCGAGGAUAAGGGAAACCUCGCCCCACCACAAGGGGCACAGUAGAGAGGAGUGCGGCGGUCCCGGGUUCCAGCCCUGGCUUCCUGUGCUGCUGGCCAUCUGACUACAUUCACAGCCUCCGGGUUCUCACUUGCCUGACGUUGUCCCGGGAAUGAUACAGCGGUGCCGGCUCCUAGGGCUCUUUGCAGGACAGUGUUCAGCGUGUGUAAAACGUGUGUCUGUCGCCUGGUGCACUAGCCGAGCUCGAGAGAGAGCAGCUACAGCAUCGCUCUCAGUAGGGUGUCAGGGACAGCAGGUGGCAAAAGGGUUGCUCCUUAUUUAGAAGUUGGCUUCAGCCCUCAAAUCUCAACCAUUUUAAAACUACGCUCAGAGCUUCGACAUGGAGAACUACUUGAAGUGACAAAAUCUUUUUCCCAAAGUCAUCUGAGAAAUGUCCUAACAGUAGAGAUCUACUUCCAAGAAAUGAUUUCAAGUGCCCUUGUCAAGUAGGGACAGACAUUCUAGGGGAUUUUGGGGUCAGCAAAUAUCAAAUAAGCCACCUCACAUAGUUGUGGUGGGGAUUUCCCACAAGUCCCCGCCCCGCCUGAGUCACAGCGCCCCUGGGUCUGACCUGCCGUCCUCCGGAGCUGCAGAGAAGAACUUGACUGCUCUGAAGACCAGCGAGUGGAAAGUUCACUGGCAGCCCUGAGAUCGCAAGAGUGACAUUUGUGAGACCAGCAAAUUUGAUUAAAAUUACUUUGGAACCUGCUUUGCUAGUAUUAUAUCUAUGCAAGAUUUAAUCAUGGGAAAUGGCUAUUACAACAUGGUGGCUACUGUGCUAUUGGUCAUGAAUUUUGAGAGCAUGAGAUCAAUGCAGGAUUCCUGUAGUAAAUGUCCAGCUGGUACUUUCUGUGGGAAAAACAAGAACCAGAUUUGCAUUCCCUGUCCUCCAAAUAGUUUCUCUACCACAGGUGGACAAAGGACCUGUGACAUAUGCAGGCAAUGUGAAGGUGUUUUCAGGACCAAGAAGCCGUGCUCUCCCACCAGCAACGCACAGUGUGAGUGCGUCUCAGGGUUCCACUGCCUGGGGACACUGUGCACCAUGUGUGAGCAGGACUGUGAGCAAGGUCAAGAAUUAACAAAGGAGGGUUGUAAAGACUGUUGCCUUGGGAAAUUUAAUGAUCAGAAACGUGGUGUCUGUCGACCCUGGACAAACUGUUCUUUAGAUGGAAAGUCUGUACUUGUGAACGGGACGAAGGACAGGGAUGUGGUCUGUGGACCAACCUCGGCCGACUUCUCUCCAGGACACGCUCCGCAGAUCCUCCCCUUCUGUCUUGCGCUGACAUCGGCUGCAGUGUUGGUCCUGCUGUUCUUCCUCGCACUCCGUUUCUCUGUCAUUAAACGGGGCAGAAAGAAACUCCUGUAUAUAUUCAAACAACCAUUUAUGAAACCAGCACAAACUGCUCAAGAGGAAGAUGCCUGUAGCUGCCGAUUUCCAGAAGAAGAAGAAGGAAAUGAACUGUGAAAUGGAAAUCCCAAGAGCUGUUGAGACUCUUGAAAAGCAGCAAAGGACAGAUCAAGUGACCCCACUGUCAUGUCUUUCUGGAAUGAAAAAUAUGGCAUAAUACCCAGGACUGCCCCUGAUGUAUUUUUCCUAAAUGCUAAUGAGUCGGCCCGUAAAAAUGCACUACUUUUAACAGAACAGAAAUAUGGGACAGGCUUGGGACAGUUUUGUUCAAAUCUGAAGAAAAGUAUAGUUUGAAUUCCAUCACGUAGGCCAAUGGUCCAGCUAAAGUUAUAAUCAAAGUCAGUGCAGUUUUUUUGUGUGCUAAAGUGUUGUGUGACAAUAAGCCACAAAAUGCAGUAGAUAUCCCCAACCAAAUUUUCCAUCGGUUUUGUCAUUCAACGCAAUGACCUCUUCCGCUGUUAGUGGGAGUAUGAUGGAGGUGCCUGAGUUUGAGGUCAAGUUUGAGGUGAAAAAAAAAUCUCAGACCUGAGGAAGAGUUUCAGAAAGAGCUCAAAUGUCCUCGCCUGUCCCGUGAUCCUCUCCGUCCUCUUACCUUCUAGCUUUGUUCUACUCUCCUCUGAGCCAGGUUACAUUUUUUUCAUCCUGAAAAACCUUUUACAUAAUCCUUGAUACACACAAACUAGUAAGUGAUACAUGUAUGAAAGGAAUGAAGCACAGUAAAAAAAGGGACACCUGCGAACUCAGACCAACCGGAGCGCUGGAGCAGGGGCUACCAAACUCCCACGGCCAGAGGGGACACGCCACUUUCCAUUUCUAUGGCUUAUGAGCUAAGAAUGGUUUUUACAUCUCUAAAUAGUUUAAAAAAUUCGAAAGAAAAAGACCUCACAGUACAUAAAAUUACAUAAAACUUGGAUGGCAGGGUCCAUAAGUAAAAUUCUCUUGGAACACAGCCACCCACAUUUACUUACAUGCCGUCUAAGGCUACAGCGGCAGAGUUGACUAGUUGUGGCAGAGACUGUAUAGCCCUCAAAGCCUAUAAUAUUUAAUACCUGACCCUUUGUAGGGUCAAGGUCACAGCAUCCAUCUGUGGGCUGCUUCUCUCUCUCAUCUUCUGUCUCUGCACUGGCAAUCUGUCCCUGGAAUUUUGAGUCUAUCUUUCCCUUGCUUUUAAAAAAUCAUUUAUCAUAUAUGUACUUUAAAACUAUGUUAUUUAGUUUUGUUAUUUGUUUUUGAGCCUUAGGAAAAGGGUAUUGUAAUGUAUGGAGACUUCUGUGACUUGCCUUAAUCACUCAAAAUUAUAUUUAUAAGACUCAUUCAUGUUGUUGUGUGUAGUUUGAGUGCAUUUUUUUGACUGUCUAAUUUUGCAAAUAUACCAGUAUUUAUCAAUCCAUUCUCUACCAAGGGACAUCUGGGUUGUUUCCAGGUUUUUCACAAUCAUGAACAAUGCUGCCAUGAAUGUUCUUUUACACAUCUCCCUUGCAGGAGUGUGCUACAAAAACUUCUUAAAAGUGGAAUCGCUGGAUCUUAGGGAGUGUGAAUGCUCAACAUUAUAGCUAGUGCUUGUAUCAGUUAGGACAUGCUGGGUUAUGCAGAAACAAUAAGUGACUCCCCAGAUCUUGCUGGAUUACA